AUGCAACGUGCAGCCAUGCUAAACAACAUUAAACGUCAAAUGGCAUUACAAAAGGCCCGAACCGUGGUUCAACCCGCUGUUGAUGUUUUCAUAAACCAUCGUGGGAUCGAUACAAAACGAUCAAUCGCCUCUUUGCUCUACAACCAACUCUUGUUGUCGAGAAUCCCGUCGUUUCUUGACAACAAGAACAUGAAACCGGGAGAUAAACUUUUUGAGCAUAUCGAUAAGGCAAUACUCGGCUGCAAGAUUGGCGUAGCAGUCUUUUCACCCCGUUAUUGUGAAUCGUAUUUUUGUCUUCAUGAACUUGCUUUGAUGAUGGAGUCUAGAAAAAAAGUUAUUCCUAUUUUUUGUGAUGUGAAACCCUCUCAGCUUCGCGUCACGGAUCAUAAACUAUGUUCUCCGUCUGAGAUUAAAAGAUUUAAUUACGCGAUCGAAGAGGCUAAGAAUACUGUCGGACUCGCGUUCGACACUUCCAAAGGGAAUUGGGCGGAUGUGGUAAUGUAUACAACCGAGUUGGUGAAAGAAACCUUGAUAGAAAUCGACAAUGAGAAGAAUGCUGCUCGCCCCGUUGAAAUGGUGUACUAA